GAUCAACUCACCGAUGAUCCAUUCAGUUCCCAGACUCCGUGGACCUCACCAUCGCCCGGCGACGUAGUCUGGCCUGCUACGGGCAACAUGCACCGGCUCAGCUUCCUCAUCCUCCUGCUAGGCGCCUUUGCCUCCCUGGCGGUGGCAGCGACGGCGCCGACAUUCUGCAAGUGCACCUGCUUCACAAACAGCACAAUCAUAGAGAUAAAACCAAAGUCCUCCUCCAAGCCCCCCGCAGCGCAGCCCCAACGGCUCGGCACAACACCACCCAGCCCAGAUGACCACCCAGACGCCCUGAGCCUCUCCUCCUCCUCCUCCUCCGACCUAGACGAGAUACUCGCCGCCCCAGCCGCCGACGAGGAGAGUCAAGACAGCACCGGCACCACCACCAGCAAGAACCAGCCGCACCCGCUCCAACGGCGCGCCCGCCGCGCGCAGGCGGGCUCCUCGUCCGGGUCCUGCAGCCAGUGCAACCGCAGCUUCUGCCUGUCGCAGUCGCUGCCGAUAUGCCGCGGCGCCGCCGACAAGGACGUCUCGACCAUGUGCUUCCAGCGCGACAGCCGCAAGGACCAGGUCAUCGUGUGGGGGUUCAUCCUCGGCACCGCGGGCCUGCUGGGCUGGGCCGCCGUGCACAAGGUGUUUGACAUGCGGUCUGGCGGUGGCAGCCUGCCUGGGGUCGGAGGGGGGGCUGGUGCUGGUGCUGGUCGUCGUGGUUCUGCUGCUGGUGGUUCUGGGGGUGGUGGUGCUGGUGGUAUCUUGCCUCUUGGCCGCGGCGGGCUGGGCUCGACUGGGACGGACGGCGGCCGUGGUGCCUAUGCCGCUGUUGCUGGGCAUAGCCGGGAGAGCAGUUUGCGGACAAAUUAACCAGUGGGAUGGGACUGACAUUUGGCGCGGGUUUGGGAUAGACUGUCAAUACUACAUCUUUUUCAUCUUUUUGCUCUCCGUUCAUUUCGAGGCCGAUCAUUCUUGAUCGGGCCUUUCGCCCUUAACGCACACAUGAGUGUGCCUGUCACUCACUUUACGUGCCCGUGGGUUGCUGUAGAAUGCCACGUAUAUACGCAUGAUUCAAUCAACAAGGCAUGGACGACAUUAUUCGUG